UCAGGAGGCCUCUUGCGGACGAUCUGCCCCAGCGUAUAUUUGCUAUCCGGCACACAGUGAGUAGCCUCGCUCUCUUCCAAGCACUCAUACGUCUCUAGUCAGGCCCCGGACCGGACGCUCCUCGGAGGGCGGACGCUGGGCCACUGCCCGCCGUGACGCAGUGCUGGCACUAGCAUGCCGUGCCUGUGGCCGUACUUCUCUCUCUGUCCUAUCGGUGCCUUUCAGUGGCCACUAGUCGGUCUUGUGGUCUUGUGGCCUCCGGAGAAUCCCAAGCACUCCGUGAAACGCUACAGAUGCCGUCCACCCGCACAUCCCACACAGCCAGGCCGCCCGGUGAUCCUUGCCUUUCGCAACUGCACGCACGAUUCCAUUGGUCAAAGGCUGCUCGAGCUCGCCUGUGCGUCCGUCAGGGCGAAUUUUCGCAGUGAAUCCUAUUCAGUAGCUCCGACAUCCUCCGUUUGCUUGGCUUCAGUGGAGUUAACUGCGUCUUCCGAUCUUGUCCGCCGUGAGGGGGGACCUUCUUCCAACCAGCGUCCGAGUAUCCCUGCCGGAGCAUGUGAUGCUCUCAGAGCAUCAUGCUCGCCUCGCCUACCG